AUGUUCUUCGAUGGUGCGUCUCGCAUCGGCACGAGCAGAUCUAUUGUUGCAGGAGUGGGGGUGGUCCUCACUUCUCCGCAUAAUCACGUAUUACCCCGAUCCUUCUCUUUAAUAGAGCCCUGUACCAACAAUGUGGAUGAGUAUAAUACGCUACUCAUUGGGCUCGAGCUGGAAAGAGAGUUAGAGAUAAAGCAUCUUGAGGCCUACGGUGACUCUCAGCUCAUCGUUAGGCAGAUGACGGGAGAAUACGAGGUUAGGAACAAUGAUCUAAUCCCGCUUCAUAAAGCGGCUAUCAAACUAGUUGAGUCAUUUGAAAACUUCCGCAUUGAGCAUGUGCUUCAUUCCAAGAACAUGCACGCGGACGCCCUCGCAUCCUUAGCAGCAAACUUGGCUCAACCGCUAGAGAAGACUCAAUGUGUCACUAUAGCGAGUCGACGACUCUUUCGACCAGAGGACGUUCUAGAAGCGAACGCUACUCACCAGGAUCCGGAUCAACUUGACCUGAAAGACUGGCAUCUCCCGAUCAUCGAUUACGUCUUAUAUGGCAUGUUAUCUGAAGAUGCUAAGGAGCGAGAGUCUGUCUGCCGAUGUGCCUCAAGGUUCUACUACGACUCGACCAUGAAGACAUUGUAUCAUAAGUUGUAUGAGAGCUUGUUACUUUGA